AUGGAUAAGAUUGAAGGAGAAUCCCAAACGCAUCAUAAUGAAGAUAUUAAUGAUGAAAACGAAAUUGACCAACCUCCAAGACCAAAUCAGAGACAUGGACGUACACUUGAUGAUAAUUUGGCUAACAUAAAAGUUGCGAUUCCAUCUUUUCAGGGACAAACAGAUCCCGAUGCAUAUUUGGAACAAAAGAAGGUUCGUUUGGCAGCAAUGGAGUUUGUUGAUUACGCUCUCAUUUGGUGGGAUCAAUUGCUGAUACGUAGACGAAGAAUCGGUGAGGGUCCAGUGAAGACGUGGACAGAAAUGAAGCGAAUCAUGAGGAAACAGUUUGUUCCAUUUCAUUAUCAACGUGAUUUAUUUCAGAAGUUACAAAACUUGAAACAGGAUAAUCGAAGUGUUGAAGAUUAUUUCAAGGAAAUAGAAAUGGCCAUGAUGCGUGCAAACAUGGAGGAAGAUAGAGAAGCAACUAUGGCACGUUUUCUUGCUGGGUUGAAUUUUGAAAUUGCUAACGUUGUUGAGUUACAACAUUAUGUCGAGAAGCAAUCACCAUUUAAGAUUAAGGAAAGAGCGGAAACGAGUAGUCCAAAACCUCCCAUUGUUGAAAAUGGACGUGGAAAGCAACAGAGACAAACAGAAUGCACAAAAGACAUCCAAUGUUUCAAAUGCCUUGGUAGAGGGCAUGUUGCAAGUCAGUGUCCUAACCGAAGGAUAAUGAUGACACAUGUGAAUGGGGAAAUAGAGUCUGAAUCUGACAAUGAUGAGCAAGACACCCCCUUGGUGGGCGAUGAUGAAGAUGAUGACCAAGUACAGACUUAUGCAAUUGGUGAAGCACUUGUGGUUAAAAGAAGCUUGAAUGCACAACCAAUUCGAGAUGAGCUGCAGCGUGAGAACAUCUUUCACACAAGAUGUCUUGUGAAUGAUAAGGUAUGUGUUGUGAUUAUUGAUAGUGGUAGUUGUACUAACGUUGCAAGUAGUGUUAUGGUUGACAAACUAGGAUUGAAAACGACAAAGCAUCCCAAUCCAUACAAGCUACAGUGGUUGAAUGAUGCUGGAGAGUUAAGGGUCACUAAACAAGUCCUUGGAAAGCAAAUCACCUUAGUACCUUUGACACCCAGUCAAGUGCAAGAAGACCAAGUCCGUUUGAAAAAGAACAGUGAAGAAGCAAAAGGGAAGAAGAAGAUAAACGUGUAUGCAAGUAGAAAAGAGAUCAGGAAAUGUCUUUCCUCUCAACAAUCUUUACUCAUUUUAAUGUAUAAAGAGCAUUGUUUGUUGGCUGAAAUUCCCCCUGAUUUGCCUAUGUCUAUUGCAUCUCUUUUGCAAGAUUUUGAAGAUGUUUUUCCUGAAGAAAUUCCAGAUGGAUUACCACCAAUUAGAGGAAUUGAACAUCAAAUUGAUUUCAUCCCUGGAGCUACCAUUUCAAAUAGACUAGCCUACCGGAGAAAUCCUGAGGAAACAAAGGAGUUACAGAAACAAGUCAAAGAGCUGUUAAACAUUUAA